GAAUUCGAUUCACCAGAUCGUGUCGGUGUUCUCGCCGAUGAAUCUCACCGGAAGGGAGUGACGGUAGGAAUCACGUGCGACAACGUAAUGCUACAUCGUGGAUUAGUUGAACCAGAUUGUGUAAACAGAAAAAGGGUUCCUCUGGAUGCAGUUACUCCGCAAGAGGUGGUCGCUGAUGAAACGCUUCCUCUGAAUGCAGUUGUUUCUGCCAAUGAAGAAUUGGCUAAGGUAAAGAAAGAAGCUGAAGCUCUGGAAGCUGCGGUUCAGCAGAAUUCGUUUUCUGAUGGUGGUGAUACUGGAGUAAAGCUGACUGAAUUGUAUGACAAGCUACAUGAGUUGAAUUCAGGUGCUGCUGAAGCUCAGGCUUCUAAAUUCUUGCGGGGUCAGACGAUCGAUGAGGAUGGCACAGGCACAGGCCGCACAGCUUCAAGAAUGUGGAGAGAUUAUAGUGUUGUGCUCGAUUUUACAGAACCAACCGAGAACCCUCCUCCUCUUCUGCAGUUGAUUGAGGUUAGCUUCUGCUACCCCAAAAGGUCGGAUUUUAGGCUCUCCAAUGUUGAUGUAGAUCCGGCUGAGGGUGGAGUGAGAAGAAGCCAGAAGCUGAGGAUCGGCAGGUACUCUCAGCACUUCGUUGACCAGUUAAAAAUGGAGGAGACACCGGUUUAGUAUCUUCUUCGUCGGCAUCCUGACCAAGAGGGAUAUAGCAAACAAGAGGCUGUGUGUGCGAAACUGGGCAAGUUUGGCCUAUCAAUUCAUAACCAUUGCGAAAAAGGCUAGGGUUGUGUUAGCCUCGCUCGAUCUUAGUGUCGAAGCCACCCAUUUUGCUUCUUGAUGAGCCAACAAAUCACCUGGACAUGC